CUUUUCAAAACAUUUUAUCCAUCUCCAUUAGACCUCCAAUUGGUCCAGCUAUUCUUCUCCUCUCUCCUCUCUAAACAGUUAUUUCAUUCAACUUUCCUCAUCUACAUCCAUUCUCUCUCUCUCUUUUUUCUCCCUUUCACUUGUAAUCUCUGUUAGUGUCAGAUCUAUUAUACCACAUUGUUAAUUCUCUACAAACUUAUAGAUCGACUCUCCUUCACCCUUUAGUUGUCAGCAGUACAUAAUCAUCAUUCUUUAUCCCUAUUAUCCUCCCUUUUGUAAUCUCGAUAUCAUUGAUCGUUUCGACAAAAAAUCCUUUCAUCUCCACUCUAUCAAAUCUUUAUAAAUGUCUGUCCUCGAUAACAUCAUCUUCUGCGCAUUCAUCUGCGUGGUCGGUGGUAUUGCCACAGCCUCGCAGGGCGCUGUAAACUCCAAGCUCGGCCAAUUUUCGGGGCAGGGUCUUUGCUCAACCAUCGUCUUUUUCGUCGGUGCCAUAACAUCAUGUAUUUAUUUCUUAAUUGAGGUCAAGGGUCGUCCACCAACGGACCUGUUGUCGACAAUGGGUCAGGCACCCUGGUGGGCAUGGACCGGAGGUGUCAUUGGUGCCGUCUUUGUCAUCAUCACUAUUUUGGCCAUUCCCAAACUUGGUGCCGGUACAACAACAGCGAUCAUUGUUUGCGCUCAACUGAUCUUUUCCUGCAUCAUCGACAAUUUCAGCAUCUUUGGUAUUAAUUACCGCCAAUACACAGUCUGGCGUGGCAUUGCUACCGUUGGUCUGAUCAGCUGUGUCGCCGCUAUUGCCAAGUUUUAA